CUUUUAUUUAGACUUUAUUAAAUAUGAUAAAAAACGAAAUUAAAUAAAGAAUAGUAUACAAAUUUCUUAUACUAUUGUUUUAAUCCUUGUGCCCGAAAUUGAAAUUCUUUUUGAAAAUCUAAUGAACAUGACAUUCUUCAUCACCCUAAUUAUGGUUUUCCAAUGUCUGCAGAUGGCUGCAACUCCCCCGACUUUAAAAAUGUGUGCUGCAGGCCUUCAUUAGCACCGAAAUGAAGAAAUAACAAUACAGUUUGGGCAGCACUGGGUCACUGGACCAAUACGAAGGCGCCCGACCCGAAUCGCUCAUCCGCCCCGUCGGCUGCUGCUGCUGUCGCUCUUCCUCUUGCUGAUGGUUCUGCGGCCGCGGCUUCAACUUCUGGCACUGCAGUCAACAUUUUCAACUCAGACGGAACGCACGGUUGGGCGGACUCAGUUUGAAAUAAUUCAAAAUGAAUAAACAGAAGCCACUAAAACAGAAUUCAUAAAUUAUCCAAAUAGCCACAGUAUAAACAAAGGCUUCCGAAAAGCGGAAAGAUUCGCCUCCGAGGAACAAAGCGAAAUUGCAAUUUAGUGAAUGCACGCGUCCUGUUUGUCACUGCGACUGCAUCUGCAUCCGUGUCUUAGUUCGUCAGUCUGUCAGUCUGUCAGCCUGUCCAUUUGUCAGUUUGUCAGUGCGUCAGUACGUCAGUGUGUGCUAGUGUGCUAGUCUGCGAGUGCCGAACUCUGUGGUAAAGGUCAGGACUCAAAUGAAAAUGUCGAGCGGCAGCGUCCAAGAAGCAAUGUCAACAAAAGCAGCUGUCAGCGCCGUCGACGAGGACAAGGCCUCCUCCUCGUCAAUGCAUCCGGCAUCCUCAUCAGCGUGCGGACUGCGAUCGAUGGCCGCCAGCUCCCACGUGAGAGCCCUGGCCAUCCUGGUGGCCAUUGUCCUGUGCAGCGGCUGCCUGGGACUCGCCGACGGGCUCAAGUGCCACAUGUGCGGACAGUACAACGAGGGCGUCGGCUCCAUCACGCCCUGCACCAACUACACCAAGGAUAUCGCCCAUCUCUACCUGAAGGAGUGCACCAAGAAGAGCGAGAAGUUCUGCGUGAAAUAUGUUAGUGAGCUGUCGACCGUUCGCGAUUGUGCUACCGAGUGUCAGGAAAAAGAAAUUUGGGAGACACAAACGUAUUGCUGCACCGAGGACGGGUGCAAUUCCGGCACCCAGUUGGCCUACUCCGUCAUCCUGUUGACCCUGCCAAUCCUCUCGAUGGCCUGGCCCAAAGUAGUCGACUUUUGGAAUACGCGGCGUUAAGUGGUUCUCGAGAUGAGUUCAGUACUCCAAUCUUGGUUCUCUAUCUGUUCUGUUUUAUUGUUUUGCAGCAAGAGAAAUGUAUAAAUCUUCAAACGUUAGCAUUUAUUUUAAGUUCGAAAACAAAAAAUAUUUAUGAUACAAACAAAAUUCUGUGAACGGGACCUAAUCAAACUAAGAAGCGACACCGCAAAGUUGCACGAAAAUUAACCAUUCGAAUCUGAUUUUGUAUUUUGAAAGCUCAUGCGAUUUCGGAUUAUACACGUGUGAGAGUAUACAAAUAUAUAUUUUGCCAACAUUUUUGCUGUUAAUACUUUGAGGCUUUGUGUUUCUGACUGUCUUCCCAAAAAACACAACCGGUGUUGGUAAAUAAUAACAAAAAGGAUGUACGAACAUCCGAAAGCUUAACUAAGUCAUACUCACAACAAAUAACAAAUAACAAUUGCAAUGCCAAAUUACUACUUAAAUCGUGUUAAAAAAUAUUGAAAAAAAGAAACGGAAAACGCAUUAUUAAAAUUAAAAAAAAAAGAUAGUAUAUGUAAGAUUAUGCCAGCUGUCAAAAGUACAUAAGAAAUCGCAAUCAUAAUGAGAAGUUGAGGAAAUUAAUGAUAUCGGCCGAAUUCGUGUUAAAUGCAUUUCAUGAACAUACUAAUUAAAGUACACCUAAGGUUAAACAAAGAAAGUAGAAGUUAAAUAUUUAGAGUCCCGAAUCCUGUGACACUUAACAAUUGUCUUCAAGAUUAGCUGAGAUAUUGUGUAUUGUUUUAUAAUUUGCCCACAAAUAUUACGCAAAUGUCAAAGUCACAGUGAGUUUAUUUUGGGGUCUGUGAUUUUGCACUUUGGCACAGUAAUAUUUUCUGGAAGUCUAUUCAUAAUGUGUUGUUCCUUAAGCUAAUAAGCAGAUAAUGUUUUAUGUUUGAAGGAAAAACCCAAAUGUUUGUUAAAUACACAUGUGAAUGUAAGCUUAAGAUCGUACGAAUUAUGAUAAUAGAGGAGAACACUAAGGAAAAUCGAAGAAGUUUUCACUCCACACUGUUCAUGAGAUUCUAAAUUAAAUAUUAAAGCUAAAACAACGCAAGGAUAAAAUCAAUUGAUACUCACGAAUAAAAUACUAGUAGCAAGCUCUAGCUCAGAUAUAAAACCAAUCGGCAUAACGUAGGUAAACAACUAAUUAAUAGAAUUAUCUAGAAUUAUUGAGAGUUUAGUGAACCCAAGUGAAUUACCAUGAAAGUUCUUAACGAUUUUCUUAUAGAGCACUUACGCGAUUCCAUUUUUAAUUAUUUACAAUAAAAAUAUUUUGAACGAUUAAUACUUAUAAACAUAUAUGAUGAAAAACUCAUACGAUAUAUACCUACGAAAACAUAGAGUCUAGGUCUAAGGGCUUUCACUAUAUUAAAGCAAACAAAUCGUGUGAAAUAAGCAACAAAAACAAAAAAAAAACGAAAAACGAAGAUAUACAAAUGUUAAAUGUUAGUUCCUCAAAACCAAAGCAGCUUGUGUACUCGUGUUAAAAGCUCACAUUUGAAUAAUUUGCAUAUGAUUAAAGUCUCCCCACUUAACGAAAUGAGUAAAUCCGAUUUUCAUUUAAUUAUAUUAUAUACACACAAAUUUCAACGGCAUUUUGCAAAUAAAACGUCAAGCGAUCUGCCUGCUUUGGCCACAUUUAAUGCAAUCAUUUAUUUUACAUGCUCAUCGAACACAAAACGAUAAAAUUCCAAUUGCAAUUACAACACUAAUAAUAAUUGUAUGUAUAUGGUAUAUGUAUUUCCAAUAAAAUUUUGAUUUAAAUUUUUAGUAAUAAACUUCAAUAAAACCGACAAAAAAUAAA